AUGGACAAGGGGCAGUUUUCAGCUACGACCCCGAAUCAUAGUCCGGCUGUUGCUCAUGAACUGGAUGUAAUCUCUGCACCCCACGAUCCAGAGAAUGUACCUAUCGAGAAGAGCCCCUCGACCGAGGCUGGCCAGCCUGGUUCUGCCUCGCAAGUCAAAGCCAGGAGCCCGUUCCGGCUCACGAUGAUUCUGAUAGCGCUCUACCUAUCGCUCUUUGUUGCGGCGCUCGACGCCACCAUUGUCGCUACGGCAGUGCCUAGGAUCACCGCCGACCUUGAUUCAGCGGCGGGAUACAUAUGGGUUGGCGGGGCUUACCUGAUUGCAAACGCUGCCGCGGCCCCCAUUUGGGUCAAGCUCUCGGACAUCUGGGGUCGGAAGCCCAUCUUACUUGCAGCAGUCACCGUUUUCUUUGCCAGCUCCAUCAUCUGUGCCGCGGCCGUCGACAUGCAGAUGCUGAUUGUCGGUCGAAGCAUCCAAGGAGCUGCGGGUGGUGGUCUCAUCUGCAUGGUCAAUGUGGCAAUCUCAGAUCUUUUCAGUGUUCGGGAACGAAGCCUGUGGCUUGGUCUCUGCGAAGGCAUUUGGGCUCUCAGCGGUGCUGUCGGUCCUCUCUUGGGUGGCGCGUUUGCUCAAAAAGUAACCUGGCGGUGGUGCUUUUAUUGCAACUUACCAAUCGCUGGUACUGCAUUUGUACUUCUUGUCCCUUUUCUCAAUGUCCACAAUCCUCGCACUUCAGUGGUUGCAGGUGUCAAGGCCAUUGACUGGUUUGGCUGUAUUUCCAUCCUUGGAGUCACAGUCAUGUUACUCCUGGGCCUCGAUCUGGGCGGGUCUGUCUACCCUUGGGGCUCUGCUAAAGUGAUUUGUCUGAUUGUCUUUGGGGCCUUGAUGAUUCUUGUCUUCAUCUACAGUGAGAAGAAGCUGGCGAGGUAUCCUGUCAUCCCACUUUCUCUCUUCGGCACGAGGAAUAUUGCUACAUUGCUGGUUACCUUUUUCCAUGGCAUGACUUUCAUUGCCGCAGAGUAUUAUCUACCUCUUUACUUUCAAAGUGUCAAGGAAUCUUCACCGCUUCGGUCGGGUGUACUUUUGGUACCAUUGAUCGUGGCUACAGCCGUGACCGGUGUCGUGAACGGCCUCAUCAUCCACCGAACAGGUCAAUAUAGACCUUCAAUGUGGAUAGGCACUGUUCUGUUGACUUUGGGAACUGGUCUGUACAUAUUGUUGGGCCCAGAGACCUCCAUUGGCACCAUCAUCGGCUUCGAAAUCAUCGAAGGAGUCGGUGCAGGUCUUCUUUUUGAGCCACCACUGAUUGCUAUUCAGCAAGAUGUGGAACAGGACGAUGUAGGGACAGCGACUUCCACUCAAAGUUUCAUCAGAAGCAUGGCUUUGUCCUUGGGCGUGAUAGUCGGCGGCAUCGUCUUUCAGCAGAGCAUGGACCUCCGCAGGUCAACUCUCGUUGCAGCCGGGUUACCGGCUGCCAUUGUGGAGCAGCUUUCUGGCAAGAACGCCGGUGCCAACGUGAUGGUUGGCCAUGGACUCCCACCGGCUCAAAAACUCGCUGUCAAGGAGGCCUUUGCCUGGAGCAUCCGGAACAUGUUUAUUAUGUUUACUGCUCUGGGUGCCUGUGGAGUGCUUGCUAGCGUUUUCGUCACCAAAAAGAAGCUGUCCAAGGAACACAGAGAGACCAUUACUGGACUCAAGAAGGCCGAUGCAGAAUCCUAG